GCGAGUUGGCCCAGUAUCCAUUCGGCCGUGUUCCCAUAAUGUCCGCCAGCGGUCGUCGCUUCUGUCGCAGCCGUUGCCAAAGUUGUCAUUGUCAUCCGUACCAGCAAUAUCCACAGCAGCAACAUCUACAGCAGCAACACUAGCAGC